ACCAUUCAGAAGCACACGCCCUUGGCUUCUUCUCUUCCAAAUUUCAUCAAUUUCUGUUGAGGAUUAAGGAAGUUAUGGGGGCAGCCUAAGAUCAGGUCGAGCGGUGUCCAUGGAAACGCGUAAACGUUGAACGCUGUGUUCAGCGCUCGUCCGUCACUACCGAUUCAUAAUACAGCUGAGGAGGAAGGAACAGGACGACUUCCGGUUGGAAGUUGCUCAGCUUGAGGAGAAGAAGCAGAGACAGAUUGAAGUGAAUAGGCAGCUGAAAGCGGAGCAGAUGAAACACGUCAAGCGAUUGCUGAACGAGGUGAAGGAACAGGAGCGGAAACUGGAACAGGAGGAGGUGCGCAGCAAGGAGCAGCUGGAGCAGGCCCUCGACCGAAACCUCCAGCUGGCCAGCGAUCAGGAGAGGCAGCUAGCAGAGCUCCGCAAUGACCUGGCAAGUCUGCAGCAGCAGCUCCAGGUUUUGCAGGCCGAGAAGCAGGUCUGGUACAACUACAAGAUGGUGGGCAGCAAGGAGCACGAGCAGCAGAUUCGCCGCCUGGAGAGUGAACUCGUCAUCAUGCAGGAGAGCUUUCAGCAAAUGUCAGGCAGUAUUCAGUGCUCGCGGGACAAAGCCUUAGGCGAAAUCGACCGAAAGACCACCAAACUCAUGGAUGAGAAGAGGAGUCUAGCAGCAGAGAGAGCGAUCAAAGAGCUGGACAGUGUCAGCCAGUGGGAAAUCAAAGACAACGAAUGGCUGAAAAGAGAGCACGCCAUUUACAAGGAGGAGGUGUCCAUGCUGGAGCUGGCUGUACAGCAGCUGGAGCAGGACAACCUUGAGCUGGUCCGCGAGAUGCUGCAGAGUCGGAUCAGCGGCCUUCAGAUCGACAGCAGAAACACUUUCCUCACCCAAGACAUGGGUCUCGCCCUGUCCAGUUCGGGGACCAGAAUUGAGACUGAGGACAUGCUGGGUCUCACAGAGCAGUCAGAGAUGCCAGGCAGACCCGAGAACGCCCCUGGCCAGGCGGCGGAAGCAGGGAAAGUUCUGAGCCGACCUGUGGAUCUGGAGGGGGAUGAAACAGCCGGCAGCUGCACCCAGUCACCCCAGCGGCCGACUGGACCUACUCCCUGGGACCCGCACAUACCGCUGGAUGACAGCCAGAGUAUCAUGCAGCAGAAAUCCCUGCACCUGGAACUCGUGGUCGUGGGCCAGGCUGCACCACUACAUCCUCCCCUGACGGAUGCCAUCGCCUCAGCCACCGGACUCCAGGAAGAGUGGCCGCUCACCACGAGCAUCAUUCACAGCAGGUUCAAGUAGCUGCACCUGGGCUGUCCCCGCUUUUACAUGCCGGGACUGGUACGGAGCUUUCGUACAUGUAAGGCUCCCAUGUAACACGAAGCGGUAUCUGAAUACUUUUCCGGAGGAAUUUAUAGCUUAUGUGAAUUUUCAGACAUUAACAUCGCUUUCUCAGUUCAGAAAGUGCAAAAGGGCAAAUCCUUGUCCCCAAAUUCCACAUUAUGCACCAGCCAUCUUUAAAUUCACAAAUUCUUGGAAGCACUCAAUGACUUUGUGGAAGCUGCACUUUAUUUGAAAAUCAACCAAUUUCUGCUUACAUACAUUUUAAUAUAUAAACAAAAAUAGAAUCUGCAAGGACAAUGCAGCAAAUAUGCUAAAUUAAUGAAUAGAAUUGCCUUCACGAUUUUGACCGUCCUCCACAUCUCCCCUCCCCCCCAUUUGGACAGGGUCCACUGUAUAUACACAAAGCACCGAUCAACAGUGCUUCACCCUUUUUCCCUCUAACUGGACCUCCUACUACUAAUUUACAAAGACGAUACCAACCCCCCCUCUUGUGACCCCUCCCCAUAAACCCUAGCCAGGCCCACUAAUGCAAAGUACCAGGUGUACUCGGUCUCUGUUCUUCUAAGGAUUGCUCAAGUGAUGGUCUUGGGAAAGGUGGUCAGAACGUGAAGGCGAUUCCUCACAAUCAGAUGGGAAAGGCAGCCCAUAUAACUGUCAAUGUAAAAUAAUGACAUGCCAAGCAGAAAGCAAUACAGAUCCUUCCCAAUGCAAUUGCUGCUGAAUCACAAAUGUAGUGCUUUGCUAGUCAGAUAAAUGUUCCCUUGCAAAAACCCUAGGCACAGAAUUAACUAUGUGGAUUAAUAAAUUGUAUACUCCCCUAUGUCCCUUACAAAUGUAGGGCUGUGAACCUCUGAGCUACAAAGAAUUUUACUCGACAUAAAACUGAUUGAGAAUAUUUAGUGCUCUAUCAGUCAAAAGGUGUCCAUUUUCCUUAUUCAUUUUUAUUUUUUAAACUCAGUCACUCCAAUCACCCAUACCAAUGUAUAAUCCUGAAUCACGCUCACAAGUGUUCAAUGUAAUUAGUCUUUUUUCCUGUAUUCAACGGAUAAUCAUAAAUAAAUAAACAAUACACAAGGAAUGUCUACUGCAAACAUAAUAGUUUAAAAAA